AUGUCGUCGCCUCAAUAUCGGGCCAUCAGAGCCAAGCAAACUGCUACCACGAUCACAGUCUAUCAAGCUUAUUCUUCCGAGAUAGCAGAUGCAGCGAUCAGCUCACAAACAUUUGUACCUCCCUUUAUCCGCCAACGAAUGACCUGGAUCAAGCCAUCUUUCCUAUGGAUGGCGUAUCGAUCUGGAUGGGCUACCAAAGCACGACAAGAGCGAGUCCUUGCCAUAGAAAUCACCCGUGAAGGAUUCGAAUGGGCUCUGCGACACUCUUGCCUAAGCCACUAUACCGCGGACUAUACAGAUCGAAAAGAAUGGCAACAGAGGUUAAGCUCCAGUCCUGUGCGCGUACAAUGGGAUCCCGAGAGAAACUUAUCCAUGCGACCAUUGGGCUACCGGAGUAUACAAAUCGGCUUGAUUGGGAGGGCUGUUGAUAAAUAUGUUGAGGAAUGGAUUGUCUCGAUUACUGAUGUGACGGAGGUGAUGCAGAAGGUCGAUGAACUUCUCAAAGAAGGGGCUUUUGAUGCUGCCAAAGAGUGUCUACCCGAGGAGGAAAUAUAUGAGCUACCUACCGAUUUGCAGGAGAUUUUGAAAAUGUAUUGA